AUGGUAAAUCAAACGGAGCUUGAUGACGUGCAAGAUCAUUUGUAUAUGAGAGCCGAUGAUCAUUUAAGUGAACUCGACAGUAUGUUGAAGAUCCAGAGCAUUCCAAACGAUCCAAAGUUUGAACAACAAAACAAACAGAUUAUCAAUCGCUUGGCAGAGAGAUUAACUGAACUGGAAUUCGAUGUAGAGCUUGUGGAGAUUAAGGCGAAGGAGGAUCAAGCAACGCAUUAUGUGAUCUUUGCCAGCUACUUUUCAACUCCAGCCAAGAAUGUGAUGCUCAUCUACGGCCAUGUGGACGUGCCACCUGUGGGAGAAAUGGAUCCCUGGUUGCAUCCACCAUUCCAGUUAACCGAAGUGAAGGGAAUGUUAUAUGGCCGUGGUUUGACCAGCUCAAAGGGUCCGAUACUUUGUUGGAUUCAAGCAAUCGAUGCGUGGUUCUCGAAAACCGGAGAUCUGCCAGUUAACAUAAAAAUAAUCAUCGAUAGCGAUAAGUCUUCGGGUACUCAGACAUUGAGGGAUCUCAUUGGCAGUCGAAAGGAUUUUUUCAGGUCGGUUGAUCUGUUGGUUGGUCGCACAAAUCUCUGGAUUGCCGAAAAGGUUCCCAUGCUCACCACAAGUCACAGUGGUUACGUUUACUUUGAGCUGGAGGUGAAAGCGAAUCGUGGAAGGAAAUCAAAGGAUUCUGAUAUAGAGGCAAACUGUGGAUGUAAACCAGAUCGCGAUCCCAUGGCUGAGCUAUGUUUGCUGAUGAACACGCUGACGGAUACGAAGAAGGGCUUGUUGGUGGAGGGAUUGAAGAGACAUGUGUUGCCCGUGACACAGCAUGACUGGGAUAUAUUCUGUAAGGCUGAGGUUGGUGUUCAGGAGUAUAAGGAAAUAACGGGAGCCCAGGGUAUACCCCACGAGCGGUCACAGCCUGAGUUCCUGAAGAACAGGUGGUGCAUGCCAAGUCUGUCAUUUCACAGCGUGGUACAAAGUCAUACUGUCAGCCAUAGGGACUUCAAUAUGCCCACACAAAUCGUGGCCAGAUUCUCAGUAAAACUCGUGCCCGAUCAGAGCAUUAAGUAUGCCAGUUUUGUGGUCAGAGAUCAUCUGGAUCAGGCCUAUAUCCGAUUGAAGUGCAAACAUCGUGCGUACUUGAGAGUCGUGGAUCAGUUGUCGCCCCUGAAUGAGGCAAGGAAUGCUCCCUUCAAUCUGGCUGCCUGUCGGGCCUACGAGAGUGUCUACAAUGUCAGGGCAGCCAUUCCAGCAACCGUUAAUGUCUGUAUGCCCAUUAUGAAUGAGCUGCGACGGUAUUGCAUGUCAAACGUGCAAGUUGUUGGGUUACCCUUCUGCUCGGUACACGUGCAACCCAAUCAGGUGAACGAGAGCUUCACCAAGGAUGAAUAUCUCAAGAAUCUCGAAUUAUUCACGACAUUCCUCUUUGAAGUUGCUCUCGUUCCGUCCGAAUGCAAAUGCACGGAAAUUCCGGACUUCUGCUUUGAGAAAGGCAAAUCAACGGACACGGACUUUAUACGCAUGAUGGAGCCACGACCGCAUAACACUCAUGUCCUCUAUGAAAUCGACGAGAAGGAGAUCGAUCGAACGAAACCCGUUGAUGAUGCAUUGCCCAACGUAAAGAACAUUCUCCUGGGCAAGGAUAAAGCUGAUGACACACUCUGA